UCGACAAUGACACUGGAUUAUGCAAGACACAUUUACCAUUACUUGAACUCGUUUUUAUUCAUCGAACAACCAGAUCUGAAUCACACAGGAGCCGUGUGCAAAACAAAACAUCUGGGGAGAUUUCUAGUUGGUCCGAAAGAUUUGAGCGACACAACGCAAUCCGUACAAUGCCCAAUCCUUUGCUCCCCGGGAUCUGAAGUUCCGGACAGUCAGUUGGUCACCUAUCAAGCCUUACGCACAGUGAUCUGUUUUAUUGUAAAAGGUAUCAAAUCCAUUCCAAUGAACUUUUUCAUUGAAUUCGAUGCUAUGGUUGGUCCGCGCUUAACCCUGUUGGCCGACCGAUUAACUUCCAGUCAAUCCGCCUCGUUGGUAGGAGGCAGCGCAUUCCCCGUGCAGUUGUUCGAGGACCAAUUUAAUCCCAAUCUAGUCACACUAUCUGCAGUCGGUCCAGGCCAAAAUCGAGAGGAGGAAUCGGUUCAAGUUGUAGAAGAGCUUGCUCAAAGCGAUGCUACUCUGGUCACGUCUCAGGGUCAUUCCCGAUUCGUCUAUUGGAACCCGUCUACCUAUGCAGUGAUGAGCACCUUACACGUCUACACGGGUUCAGGACGUCGUCCGUAUACAGGAGCUAAACCAAUCAUAGAGGCGAUGACCAGUUUGCGCUCGGAGUUAUUGCAACGGUGA